AUGAUCGACUGGAAAUUCAGGUUGGAGUCCCUUUGGGCUCUGUCGGCCCUCUGGGCUUUGUAUACUCCUGGACCGGCUAGACUCAUCGCUGCUCCUCAGACCCAGCUGCUGGGCUGCCAGGGCCGACUGAUCGCCACCGAGUCAGAGAACAGCGAGCUGCAGCUCGAGAUCAUGGAGCUCAAGGCAUCUAUGACUCAUCUGAGAAAGACCUAUGCGCAAACUCACGCAUGCGAGCUGGCCCAGUCAUCAAGAGCACGCGUCGUCGAGAUGAGCCGGGCGUUCGCUGCGUCGGUCACAGACCAGCUCGAUCAGUUCUCUCUCGGAUUGGGGCUUUCAUUUCCAAGCAUGGAGGAGGAGGGUGUUGCUUCAGAUCCGGCCAAGCCAGCAUGCGAGCCUUCCCUCUCGCCCCCGCCCAGCCCGGAUAUCAGAACCUCCAGUCCCCAGCGACGCAUGCCCUCUGGCCCGGUCACUCCGUGGUCGUCUCGCCACCAACGCUCUCGACGCUCCUCUGCUGCAAGAGUCAACUACGCCGUGCCGUCUCUCAAAAGCUCGCUCAUCCACUUUGGCGCCUCGCCAGCAAGCUUCGGAGAUGAUGUCGGGCAAUCUCCGCGCUUUUGCCAUGCCGUCGGCGGCCUCCGGGCUGUCGCUCCCUCGAUAGCCGACAGGGACAUGUGA